AUGGCCAAGGUUCAGAAGACUGACAGGAGCCCAGGGGAGGAAAUGGCAGAGAAGCCAGCAGGCAUGGAUGGAGGCAAACAGUGGGUAGAGGAAGCAGGGCCGUGGUUCCCCGAUGUGGCUCUGCAGAUGAGGUGCCUGGAGGAUGUCCAGCUGGACCUGAACACCAUGAAUGCCCAGGCCAACCAUGCCUUCCUGAAGCUGGAAGACAAGUAUGGGUAGAUCCAGUAGUGCCGCCUGGAGUGCAGGAACUAUGGAAUCCAGAGCAUCCCAGGCUUCUGGAUCAGUUCCCUUUGGAAUCACCCGCAGCUGUUCAAAAUGAUUACGGGCCAAUAUGCAGAGAUGCUAACACACUUGAUGAACCUGGAGGUGAAAGAGUCCAGACUCUCCAGUGAGUUCAAGUUCUUCUUUUGAAGAAACCCCUUCUUUAGAAACAAGCUGAUUGUCAAGGCAUACUAGAUCAGACCCACUGGCCAAGUGGUAUCGCUCUCUACUCUAAUCAUAUGGCCCUUCAUCCAUGGGAAUCAGGAUGUCACAUGUAGUUUCUUCACCUGGCUUUCAGACUACAGCCAUCCAGAGUGUGAGAGGAUCACCCAGAUUAUCAAAGAGGACCUCUGGACAAACCUACGGCAGUACUAUCCCUUACAAGCAGGGCCCCCUAGAUCCAAGUCACCAGAUAGAGAGCCUGUGGAGAUCCCUGGGCCCUUUGGGCUCCAGUCUUGUUAA